CUAAUCUGUAUUUGUUCAGGAACAGCAUUCACAGACACCGAGUGCUCUGACUGCAGCAGUGGAACAUUUUCAAAUGGGACAUUUACGUCCUGUCUGCCGCACACACAAUGUGAAUCAAUAGAUCUGCAGCUGAAAGCAGGAACUGCUUCAACUGAUGCUGAAUGUGGAGAACAAAGUUCAGACAGGACAGGAGCUGUGAUCGCUGCUGCUGUUGGGGGGAUUCUUUUUUUAUUAAUAUCUGGAGCUGUAGCUAAAUGGUACCUUUCCAGGAAAAGAAAAAAAUGGCAUCCAAACAGACGAAGAAAAACAAAUGCAGACAGUCCCCAACUGCCGGUGAAUGGAGCAGAAACAUCAGAGAUUUUAAACAGAAGUCAACAGCAGGAGGAGACAGAGCACAUAUAAACAUGCAGAGUCUUUCUAGACACUGCAGAGUGAAUGUGCUCUAGAAUCCAGUGAUAAUCCAGUUGGAUGCUGGCACAGUGUCUUUGCAGUGGACAGAAAUGAAAUCAGCUGAAUGUCCUGCACGGCGCUACAAGCUGAACACGUCCUCUUCAGAAGUGCUGGUCUACAGUCUGGAUCAUUAUCUCACACAGAUGUUACUGUACAGAGACUGAAGUCAGCCUGGAAUAACAACAUGGAGCAAGCUGCAGACUUCCAGCCAUGUGACUGUACAUGUAGGCUUCUUUCUUCUUCUGUGGUGGUCACAGAGCUCACAGCUGGAUCUGAACACAGUCAGACUGAAACUGGACUUCAUCUGUCAUAAACCAGAACAAACAACUGGAACAGAAGAAAGAUUCAAUCUGAACUGCAACAUGAUGGACAAAUGGAGACUUUGAUCAAAAGCAGAGAGGCUGGAUAGUGUGCAGUGUGCAGGUACAGCUCCAAAUCAGCGUGUGAGAGGAGGAGAGGUAGUCCACAUGCUGAAUAUUGAAAUAUUAUACUAAAUAAUUUAGGUGAACUGGUGAAAUAUCUUUGUUUGAAACAUUCCCUCAUUAAACUCCUGGCAGCCUGUGAUAUUCAGCAUGUGGACUUUUUCUGUGAGUUAAAAUUGUAUCUCACUGCUGAGUCAGCUGAUAAAAACACAACUGAUGUUGAAUAAAAUUACAGUCGGCUCACAGACUGUAAUGACA